AUCCAUUCUUUUUUUGGGUUUGAAAAUAAUAACAAAAUGAAUGUAACAAAUGAAAAAAUUAAAUCGGAUACAAUGAUUUGUCAGAAAUAUGAUCGAUUCAUAGCAAAUGCUAUAGUGAAUACCGGUAUCGGUAUUGCAGUUGGUUCAUUAACAUCAUUAAUUCUAUUCAAACGACGUGCAUGGCCAAUUCAUUAUGGUAUCGGUAUUGCAUUUGGUUAUUCGCUUAAAGAUUUUGAAAUUUGUCUUAAUCAAAGAAAAUGAAAAAAUGAUAAUAAUCCAACUGAUUGAUGAUGACCAUUAAAUGAAUUUGAAAAUAAAAUUACAGCACACAUCCAUAAGAAAAAAAUUUU